AGUUAAAUCCCUUAACUUAGAAUUAUACGCUAGUGUGUUCUUUUGUUCAUUCAAUUCAUUCCCAUAUGCAGUGUUCAUUCAAUUCUCCCAAAAGCAGUGUGUCUUCUUCAUCUUCUUCGUCCCACAAAUCCCACAAAUCCCAAAUCGUUAGACUUCGAAAUCCCAAAUCAUAGCAUAAAACUCUUUGAAAUCCCUAAAUCCCAAAUCCCUAAAUCCCAAAUCACAGCAAACACGUAAAAUUAUUCUCUUUGAAACCCUAAAUCCCUAAAUCCUCUUUCACUGUAAGUCAAUUUAGAGUCUUCUAAACCUCCCGAACAAACCGAUUUCUCCUCCCUCCCUUACGACGUUCUCAACAAAAUCGCAUCCUCCUUCGACCAGCCGAAUCUCCAAUCAGCUUCUCUAGUAUGUCGGUCAUGGUCGGAGGCGUUACGGCCAUUAAGGGAAGCGAUGAUGAUGCUUAUGUGGGGGAAACGGUUCAAGCACGGUAAACGAGGUGUUCGUUAGAAUAUAGAGAAAGCGCUUGAUAUGUUUACCAAAGCUGCUGCUCGUGGUUCUACUCUUGCUAUGGUGGAUGCUGGGCUUAUUUAUUGGGAGAGAUGUGAGAAGGUGAUAUUCAUCUGAUGUGAGUUGAUUAUAAGAACUCAAUGGAGAAAUGGUUUGGGAAGAGAGCAUUGUUAUGUCGCCAAAGAAUGCCCGUUUUGUCUUCCUAUCUGCCACUGUCCCUAAUGCCAAGGAAUUUGCUGAUUGGGUGGCAAAGGUGCACCAACAGCCUUGUCAUAUUGUUUAUACAGAUUACCGGCCAACUCCCCUUCAACAUUAUAUUUUUCCUUCUGGAAACGAGGGUCUGUACUUGGUUGUUGACGAAAAGGGAAAAUUUCGCGAAGACAGCUUUCAGAAAGCUUUGAAUGCUCUUGUUCCUGCUGCUGAUGGUGAUAGGAAAAAAGAAAACGCCAAGUGGCAAAAAGGUUUGGUGCUGGGCAAGGCUGCUGAAGAAAGCGACAUAUUCAAGAUGGUGAAAAUGAUCAUCCAACGUCAAUACGAUCCCGUUAUACUGUUCAGCUUUAGCAAGAGGGAGUGUGAAUUUCUUGCAAUGCAGGUUUCAAACAUGCUCCCCUUGCUGAAACGGGGAAUUGGAGUGCAUCACUCUGGAUUACUCCCAAUUCUAAAGGAAGUGAUUGAGAUCAUAUUUCAAGAAGGACUAAUCAAGAUAAUCACAAUGCUUUGACAAUUGUUAGCAUAUGGUUCCCAGUGGUUUUCGUAUGUGCGUCACUGUUUUGGACUGUUUAUUUUGGACUAUUUUAGGAUGGUUUUAUGAAGAUCGAAGUGUUCGUUGAUUUUGAAAUGUUGAGAGCAUUGAUGAGGUUACUUGGAAAUUCAACAUCACUAGCUUCAUGUCGUUUUCAUUAGUGGUAAAUUAGUUGGUUCUAUGGAUAGAGUUUUUUUUCAUAUUAAUGGGCUGUAUGCUUGGAAUUAGACUAGAUAUAAUUAGUGAUAAUGUUAAGCAUUGACUUUUAAUGUGUUGAAUGUAACUUGUUAGGAAUUGACAAUGACUUGUGGAAAAUAUAUUCGGAAUUAUGUCAAUUUUCUUUUGCGUUAUUAGCUACUAGUAAUUUCUAGGUUGUACGUAUAAUUUCUGCGCCGGAAGACCAUAUAAUUAAUAUGCAGGCACAGGAAGCUACAAAAAAACGAAAAAAUGAAAAAAAAAAAAAAAAACUAA